CACCCCCGAAAACGCACAUGAACACACCCAGCGAGAGAUAGACAGAGAGAGAGAAUCAAACAAUUUGACAGACACAUUUGAUCCAACGCAGCCAUGAAAGCACUCCUCUCAGAUUCAUCGUCCUCGUCCUCGUCGUCUUGGUUGGACACUGCGAAAUCGGGGACCACCACCACCUCCGCCGCCACCACCAACGUGUCCUCGACUCCGGUUCGGGAUGACCGGGCCGAGUCCAGAGACAGCUGCUACUUCCCCGGAUGCCGGAAGGACGCCAACUGCGAGUGCGAGAUCUGCCUGGCCAGCAUCAGCGCGACCCUCGAUCUCAUGCCCGCCAGCGUCCAGAAGAGCUCCUUCACUAAGCUGUCCCCUUUGUCGCAGCCGACGGCGCCGCGCCGCGCCCCGGUGUCCUUCGACCCAUCUGUUCUGUCCACUCCUGGGACGACUAUCUCGAAGACAGUGGAAAGUCCGCCGAGCUUGAAAUCAGCUGUGUUGCGUGAGGGGAAGGAGAUGGGGAAGAAGAAGGCGAGUUUGCGGUCGGGGUCAGGGUCGCGGCGAGAGAGGAGGUUUCUGUGGUGGGCUUUGUGUUUCGUGUUGAUAUUCAUGGCGGAUUUGGGGCUUCGGUGGUUGGUCUCAGCUGCCGUAAGCCCCGAGCUAUCGAGUGAUGCAGUGAGGCAGAUUGGCGAGGAUUCUCGGAGAGUAAGCGAUUUGAUUUGGAAGAUCAGGUUUUUGCAGAGAGAGAUACAGGGUUUUGUUGAAGGCAGGGUGUCAAAUUGCAGUGACCAGAAUUCUGCGUGGAAGAUCAGUCAGGGUGGUCUGCUAUUGAGUUCUAGGUGCACACUGUACAAAUCGAUGACAGAAGAGGUGGGCAUAUGGGGAUGGCCUUUGCAGACCGCAGGGCUUCUCACAACCGGCGCUUCUUCGAGAUCAUUCACUAUCAUCAAAGGCAGAGUCACAGAGUGGAGCAACGGAAACGUGGGCUAUAUCAUCCGAAAGGUAACUAGUUCUUGGGUGCACGGAAAAUGGAGAGCAUCUGUCGUGCAGCUUGAUCCUGGUACUUUGAUUCUGGAGUACAAAAGGAGCUCAAUAUUGGACGACUCGGGAUUUCUAAUGAAAGCACUGGAGUUCUUGAAGUACCAGAUGACAGUAGUAAUCGGACGAAUGAAUCAACGGUUUUGGUAUUUCCCUGCUUUCGAGGACCAUCCUGGGCAGAUCAGAGCAAAAUAUAAAGUCCCAACUUGAGCCUGUGUGCUGCAGAAUGCUUCAGUUCUCGAUUCUCAUCCCUUAUGAGGAACUUUUUUGGUUUUUCUGCGUAGCAUGCACAUGGUGAAAUUGAUAGCUCUUGAUUUUGACUAUUCUUUUGUUUUUUCACCCGUACUUUGAACCGCAUUAGUUCGAACAAGUUUUAGACAACAACUGUACUUAUUGGACACAGUAAUUGUAAAGUUUUAUUCGCUUUGUGGAGGUAA